AUGAGGGACAGACACAAGUCAUGUGACAGGAUGGGCAGACACGAGUCAUAUGACAGGACGGGCAGACACGAGUCGUAUCACAGGAGGGACAGACAACAGUCGUUUUACAGGAAUGACAGACACGAGUCGUAUGACAGGCGGGGCAGACAUGAGUCAUAUGACAGGACAGACAGACACGAGUCGUAUUACAAGAGGGACAGAAACGAGUCGUAUCACAGGAGGGAUAGACACGAGUCGUAUGACAGGAGGGGCAGACACGAGUCGUAUGACAUAAUGGGCAGACACGCGUCGUAUGACAAGAGGGACCGACACGAGUCGUAUGACAGGAGGGGCAGACACGAGUCGUAUGACAGGACGGACAGACACGCGUCGUAUGACAAGAGGGACAUACACGAGUCGUAUAACAUGACGGGCAGAAACGAGUCCUAUGACAGGAGGGACAGACACGAGUCGUAUUACAGGAGUGACAGAAACGAUUCGUAUGGCAGGAGGGACAGACACGAGUCGUAUGACAGGCGGGGCAUACACGAGUCGUAUGACAGGAGGGACAGACACGAGUCGUAUGACAGGAGCGGCAGACACGAGUCGUAUGACGGGGAUCGUCACCGGAGUAGGUCACAUGAGCGGGAAUCCUAUGAUAGGCACCACAGCGGGCUACAUGGAUGGUCACAUUAUCGAAAACGGGAAUAG